CUCGCCCUUAGUCGUCCCCCGGUAAACAUGCAGCGCGUCUUUAGUUCCACAACACGCACACUCUGGGCUGAGUGGUGGAAACCUGACCAACAUGAGCGUGGACAACGCAACUGAAGGCGUAUGUGUGGUUUUACGCAACUUGCUUAACAACAUCCAGUGCAUCACAGCCCGGGUGAAAGAUGGGGAGUCCAAUGAGUCUGAUGGGGACUUCAACCUCUCCACCUUUUGGGACACUUUGAACCAGGCGGUGAAGGUGGUGUCUCAGGAAGCCACCAAAGUCAGCCUGGCCUUCUCCAAGCCGCCGCUGCCGUCAUCGCAGGACGGAGAGACGCUGGCUGAGUCCAUCCUUAAGAGUGUUCUGAGCCUUUCCACAGUUUAUUAUUGGCUUCCUAAGAGCCGAGGCGUAAAUCUGCGGCAGCAAGUCAGAGAAGCCACCGUCGAAGUCCUCGAAGGGAUCGCACAGCUCCUGGAGGUCAUCCUGACCUCACCGUUACAGAGUCUGUCCCAGGAACAGUUGACCUCCACAGGAAGUGUGUGGUCAGCUUGUGAUCACUUUUCCCAGUUGCCUCAAGACAAUAAGGCGGCGGUGCUGGUGGUUCUCUCCAGUCAGAGCGGCAUUGUGAAAGAUGCCAUCGAGGAGGUUGAACAGGCGCUUUCCGAAGCACACGACCCGUUUGGCGACGUCCUCGAUGAUGAGGAAGAAGGGGAGGAGCCUCGAGGUAACCGGGACACCUACUGGUCAGAAAAGGACCGGCGUGUGAUUGGCGCGUGCCAGGGGAUGAUGAAGGCAUCGGCGGCGUGCCUAAGGAAGCUGACGUCGGCCGUUAAGGUGAACGGCGACCCAGGCACGCCCCAGAAGGUGGCCCAGCUUGAUGACCUGGCGGACAUUGUGAAGCAAAUCAGCCCUGACGUUGAUGACCUGGCUCUCUGCCUUUACCCCCCUGUGGACUACACUGGUGUGGAGAACAAUGUGUCUAAACUGGCGGCAUUGUUGAAGAAUGUUCUGGCAAUUGUUAGGUCGAGUCACGUCUGUGGAGAAUCUGAGCUGACCUGGGUUGACUUCUUAGAUGGUGCUGUCGAUCACAACCUGCAAAAAACCAAAGAUCUCAUUCAGUUGGACAGUUAGUGUGUGUGUGCGUGCGUGCAUGUGUGUGUGUGUAUUUGGUUCCAUGACAAGAACAUGCAUGUGCAACAAGGACUUGUGUGUCGUGUGGUCACGGGUUCCUCGAUGGAUGCAGUAUUCACACAGCCAUCAAAUCAUGAAUAAAAAUGUCAUGACCAUAA